GUUUUGGUAGUGACGGUUUCAGUAGUGACGGUUUCAGCAGUGACUGUUUUGGUAGUGAUGGUUUCUGUGGUGAUGAUUUCAGUAGUGACGGUUUCAGUAGUGGUGGUUUCAGCAGUGACUGUUUUGGUAGUGACGGUUUCAGCAGUGACUUGGUAGUGAUGGUUUCACCAGUGACUGUUUUAGUAGUGAUGGUUUCUAUGCUGAUGAUUUCAGUAGUGAUGGUUUCAGUAGUGGUGGUUUCAGCAGUGACUGUUUUAGUAGUGAUGGUUUCUGUGGUGAUGAUUUCAGUAGUGACGGUUUCAGUAGUUGUGGUUUCAGCAGUGACUGUUUCAGUAGUGACGGUUUCAGCAGUGACUUGGUAGUGAUGGUUUCAGCAGUGACUGUUUCGGUAGUGAUGGUUUCUGUGGUGAUGUUUUCAGUAGUGACGGUUUCAGUAGUGACUGUUUUGGUAGUGACGGUUUCAGUAGUGGUGGUUUCAGCAGUGACGGUUUCUGUGGUGAUGCUUUCUGUGGUGAUGGUUUCAGUAGUGACAGUUUCAGUUGUGACAGUUUCAGUUGUGACUGUUUCAGUUGUGAUGGUUUCUGUGUUGAUGGUUUCUGUGGUAAUGGUUUCGGUAGUGAAUGUUUAGGUAGUAAUGGUUUCAGUAGUGGUGGUUUCAGUAGUGACUGUUUCAGUGGUGGUGGUUUCACUAGUGAUGGUUUCACUAGUGAUGGUUUCACUAGUGACUGUUUCAGAAGUGACGGUUUCACUAGUGACGGUUUCAGUCGUGACAGUUUCAGUAGUGGUGGUUUCACUAGUGACUGUUUCAGAAGUGAUGGUUUCAGUAGUGACGGUUUCAGUAGUGGUGGUUUCACUAGUGACGGUUUCAGUAGUGAUGGUUUUGGUAGUGACAGUUUCAGUAGUGGUGGUUUCACUAGUGACUGUUUCAGAAGUGAUGGUUUCAGUAGUGACGGUUUCAGUAGUGAUGGUUUCGGUAGUGACAGUUUCAGUAGUGGUGGUUUCACUAGUGACAGUUUCAGUAGUGGUGGUUUCAUUAGUGACUGUUUCAGAAGUGAUGGUUUCAGUAGUGACAGUUUCAGUAGUGGUAGUUUCUCUAGUGACGGUUUCAGUAGUGAUGAUUCUUGAUGUUCCACACUGAUUUUUACUUCAAAGGGAUCUAACUGCUCACCAUGUGGCCAUGAGGGACAGGGAUGCAGCCUCACUUCCUGCUCUAAAAUGCAGGGCGUGGCUAUAUAAUAGUAGGCUCCACCUACUGACUAGAACUCUUUGUGUUCCUGUAGGGACAUGAAAACAUGGGACAGUGUCUUUUGAAUGUAUUGAAGUAUUUUUUUAAUUAAAAUUAAACUCAGGAUAACUCAAAAUGUAUCAACAUCACUUUAAAAGAAAUCAAAUCGAUCCUGUAAAAAUACAGUUAAAAUGUAUUGUGCAUUAUUUUUAGAGCUGUAAAUGUAGGGGUCAGAGUUUGGGCCCAAAGCCUCCGCACACAUAAAUGAUGAGUUUCUAUAGAUUUACUUUAUUAAUGCCUCUAUUAAUUUGAUGAAUUCAGUAGCGUGCUCCAUAUAUAGGUGACAGGAGAAUGUGGCCAAAGACUGUUUUCCAGUGGUUUGUUUGUUUGUUUGUUUGUUUGUUUAUCUGUCUGUCAUUGAUAAUACGGCUUGUUAAUUAGCCUGAAGCUAAACAUGCUGGUUGUAUCAGGAGUGCUGCUGUAGAGUCAGGGAGGCGUAUUUUAGCUGGACUGAUAUUUUUGGGUUCCUGUUUGUUUACAGAGUAAAUCUGCCAUCAUGAUGAAGGUCGUGCUGAUGUGUCUGUUGGGCUCCAUCACCGCUAUACCUGUUCCUGUAGUGGAGGAGAUGCAGUCAGGAAGUGGGGAUUACUCCAACACUGAGAGGAGUAUUCCAGCAACAGUUCCUGAGGCCUCGUUCCUCCAGACGUUCUGGCGCUCUCCCAGAAACGUGGAAGGAGAAAACUCAACACUUAUUCCAUCGUUACCUGAGCAGCUUCUGGAGAAAACGACCCAAAACAGUCCAGAAGUGGACGUGAUCCCAACCGUUCCCACUGCUGGGAAGUUGGUAGCUGAUGGACCGACGGAAGUAGGGCACUUCAGUCCAAGUCCGAGUCCAUCGGAAAGCUCCACUGUGGAAGCCUCGACUCAGCCGAAGCGCUCAGACAACAGCGUCACCCAGGUGGCUGCUGUUGGCUCUGAAGGCCAACAUGCCGGUGUUGCCCUCGAUCCUGGACCCAGCAGCAGGAGGUCAAACCUGCAGAUGGUGGCUUUAAUGCGCCCACGCCUCCGGGCGCGCAACGCCGAGGAAGACGACGAUGGGAACGUCAAAAAGGCGAAAAGAACAGCAAAGGGGAAGAAAAAAGGAAAGGGAGGAAACAAGAAAGAGAAAAAGAAUAACAAGCCCAAAGCAGAGAAGAAGAAGAAGAAGUUCUUUGAUUUCAGCUUUGAGCUUGAUGACUUCGGCCUGUUGGGCGACGACCCCGGUCAGCAGGAUCAACCUCGGUCCAAACCGGAAACCGCACAGGCAAAGGCCAACGGCGGCGGCAGCUCCAGUGAUUCCUGCUCUUCAAGCAGCUCUUCAAGCAGUUCUUCCAGUGAUUCCUGUGAUUCCAGUGACUCGAGUGAUUCAAGUGACUCUUGUGACUCAAGUGACUCCAGCGAUUCAUGUGACUCCAGCGACUCAAGUGACUCUUGUGGGUCGAGCAGCAGUUCCAGUGACUCUAGUGAUUCAAGUGACUCUUGCAGUUCAAGUGACUCGAGCGAUUAAAGCAAAUGAAAGUCUAGAACAGCAAGUCGGGCGUUAGAGUCAUUUAAACAAACAACUCUGCUGUAGAGUCAAACUCACAAAACACUGACCCAGUAACCACAAGUACUACUGUAAUAACCAGUUCUCACCAUGUAAUAUGAAAUAGUGAUAGCUAGAACCAUAAAGGAACGUCUGUUUUUUAGAAACUGUUGUGCAUGUUUUUCACUGUUUUUAUGUAAUCUGUACAAAUAAAUAUGACUUAAUAUAUAA